UGCGCAGUCGAAACAUCGGUGUCAAACAUGGCUGUGCUUUUGAAGAAAGAAAAAUGCUGAAUUGGUCUGGAGGGGCUGGGAGCAAAAACAUACAAACAUGGCUAGGUUGGCCGACUACUUCAUCAUCGUUGGAUAUGACUACGAGAAAACAGGUUCAGGAGAAGGAUGCGGCAAAAUCAUCCAACGCUUUCCAAAAAAGGACCGGGAAGGCACAGCAUUCCCUCAGGGUGUGGAGAUGUUUUGUCAGCCAGGAGGAUGGAGGGUAUCCCGUGAAAGAAAAUCUCCUACUUUCUUUACGGUUGUGCUGACAGACAUUGACUCAGACCGACACUACUGCUCCUGUCUGACCUUCUACGAGGCUGAGGUCAACCUGCAGGGUACAAAGUCCCUUCAAGGCGGCGGAGAUGACGAGGAAGACGAGGAAGAGGACGGUCUGAUCCAGCCAGCUGAAGUGUUUGCCCCCAAAAGUCUAAUCCUGGUCUCCAGAUUAGAUUUUCCCGAGAUAUUCCGGGGCUGUUUGGGGCUCAUCUACACUGUUUACAUCGAUAGUCUGAACUUUCCUCUGGAGGGCCUGGUGGCGAACCUCCUCACAUGCACUGUUUCUACAGCAGGAGGCUCCCAGAAGCUCUUCUCUCUUGGAGCCGGAGACCGACAGCUGAUUCAGAUGCCACUAAAUGACGACCUACCUGUGACCAGUAAAAGCGUCGCUCUCCUCUUCCAGCAGCUUGGCAUCCAGAAUGUUCUGAGUCUUUUUUGCGCUGUUCUGACAGAACACAAGGUUCUGUUCCACUCCACCAGCUACCAGAGACUCGGCGAGGCCUGCCGUGCUUUAGAAGCACUGAUGUUUCCUCUCAAAUACAGCUACCCUUACAUUCCCAUCCUCCCCUCCGGGCUGCUGGAGGUCCUCAGCUCGCCCACACCUUUUAUCAUCGGGGUGCACUCUAUGUUCCAGAGUGAAAUCCAGGAAUUGUUGGACGUGAUCGUCGCUGACCUGGAUGGAGGAACGAUAAAAAUCCCAGAGUGUAUCCAUUUGUCUCAGCUUCCCGAGCCUCUCUUACACACUACACACAGCUCUCUGUCUAUAGUUUUGCACCCAGAUCUGGAGAUAGCUGAUAACGCCUUCCCUCCUCCGCGCUCGGCUCCGUCCAACCUCAAGCUGCUGGACAAGGAGGUGAGAGCGGUCUUCCUGCGCUUGUUUGCACAACUGUUUCAAGGGUACAGGUCCUGUCUGCAGCUCAUUCGCAUCCACUCCGAACCCGUGAUUCACUUUCACAAGGCUGCUUUCCUGGGCCAGCGUGGGCUGCUUGAGAACGAUUUCUUGCCUAAAGUGUUAGAUGGCAUGGCCUUCGCCGGGUUCGUGUCAGAGAGAGGGCCUCCAUACAGAGCCUGCGAUCUGUUUGAUGAGUUGGUGGCUUUCGACAUGGUGCACUUUAAGGAGGAAGAUGAGAAUCCAAGCAUACUGCAGAAGCACAUGAGAGAGCUCUCCGAGCAGCUUUACCGUAACGAAAAUCCCAACCCUCACAUGGCCUUCCAGAAGCUACCUCGGCCCAGCGAGGGCUCUCAUCUCCGCGUGCACGUGGUGCCCUUUCCCCUGAUAGACAACGAAAAGGUCGGGGAGCUCAUACAGGAGGGUCUGGCCAAACAAAGCCAUUCCACAAUCAGUGCACGAGUCGAGAAGAAAUGCGUGGUGCCUGCAGGUCCCCCUGUGGUGUCGCUCACAGGGAAGGUCAACUCUGUGUUCAACAGCGCCCGGCGUCUGGAGGUGGUACGAAGUUGCAUUGGCUUUAUCUUUGACAACAAGACACUGGAAACUGAGAAGGCUCUCCCUGCAGCGCUUCGUGCCCUGAAAGGCAAAGCAGCUCGACAGUGUCUGACCGAAGAGCUCAGUCUGCACGUGCAGCUGAACCGGGCCAUCCUGGACCACCAGCAGUUCGACCACAUAGUGCGCAUGAUGAACUGCGCCCUUCAGGACUGCUCCAAUUCUGAAGAGUAUACAGUGGCUGCAGCUUUGCUUCCACUGACCACAGUCUUUUAUCGGAAACUGGCCCCAGGGGUGAACCAGUAUGCAUACACGUGCGUGCAGGAGCACCCUAUCUGGACCAGUCAACAAUUCUGGGAGACCACCUUCUAUUCCGAGGUGCAGAACCAGAUCCGGGACCUGUACCUCAACACCCCUGAGGAGAAGCCGCUUAUCACAGCCAGAUUUAAGGAUUCAGGCUCGUCUUCCGUUCCGGCUCUUGCCCGAUCUGAGCGCACCGCGAUGGAUCUGGCAGCCGAGCAGCUGCGGGCAUGGCCGAGCCUUAGCAAGGAGAAGCAGUUGGAGCUGGUAAAAAAUGAAGAGAGCACGGUGUUCAGCCAGGCCAUCCAUUAUGCCAGUCUCAUGGUCUACCUGCUUGUGCCUCUGGACACCAGCAAGAACAAGCUGCUCCGCACAACUACGCCCGCGGCUGACUGGGAGAGUGGCAGCAACAGCAUCGUCACCAACAGCAUCGCCGGCAGUGUUGCGGAGAGCUUCGACACCGAGAGCGGAUUUGAAGACUCUGAGAACAGCGACAUUGCAAACUCAGUGGUGAGGUUCAUCGCUCGGUUCAUUGACAAGGUCUGCACUGAGAGUGGAGUGACCCAGGACCACAUCAAGAACCUACACAAUAUGAUUCCAGGCAUUGUGGCUAUCCAAAUGGAAACUCUGGAGGCUGUCCAUAGGGAAAGCAGGAGACUUCCACCCAUCCAGAAGCCAAAGAUACUUCUGCCCACUAUGCUGCCCGGAGAGGAGUUGGUAAGCGAGGGGCUACGGGUGGUCCUAGACCCUGACGGACGUGAGGAUGCUACGGGCGGACUGCUAGGAGGUCCUCACAUGCUGCCUGCGGAGGGGGCACUUUUUCUCACCACCUACCGCAUCAUCUUCAAAGGCACUCCUCACGAUCCUUUAGUUGGUGAGAAGCCUGUGAUUAGAAGUUUUCCAGUGUCCACGCUGACUAAAGACAAAAAGAUCACCAUUCAGAAUCAGCUGCAUCAGAACAUGCAAGAAGGUCUGCAACUUAGAUCUGCAUCAUUCCAGCUAAUUAAGGUGGCGUUCGAUGAGGAGGUGACCUCUGAAAUGGUCGAGAUCUUCAGGAAGCACCUGCAGAGGAUCCGAUACCCACCAUCCAUCCAUACCGCCUUCACCUUCGCAACAGGACAGUCAGCUCCACAGCUUCUCCUGCCCAAGCAGAAGGAGAGAAACACGGGUUUCCGCACGCUCUCCAAAACCAUUGUAAAAGGAGCAAAGAGAGCAGGCAAAAUCACCAUGGGUCGUCAGUCCACGAUGCAGAAGAAAAGCGAAAAAGGCACACGCAUGACCUGGAACGAGGACGACGACAUCUCAAUAUCAGACGACGGGGAGACGCCCUCCAACAGCACUCUGAAGGCCUCAGACAAGUGCACCAUGGAGCAGCUGGUGGAGCGUGCCUGCUUCCGGGAUUACCAGAGACUGGGUCUGGGCACCAUCAAUGCCAGCUCCUCACGCGGCAGAAGUGGAGAGCAGUUUCGUGUGACGCCAAUCAACAGACUCUACUCUCUCUGUCGCAGUUACCCCGGGCUGCUUGUGGUGCCUCAGUCGGUCCAGGACGGCAGUCUGCAGAAAGUCGCACGCUGCUACAGACAUAGCAGGCUGCCUGUAAUGAGUUGGAAACACCCUCGCACCAAAGCCGUGCUGAUGCGCUCUGGAGGCUUCCACGGGAAAAGCGUAGUGGGAUUGUUCAAGUCGCAAAACCCCUCCACAACAGCUCCUGUCUCCUCAUCCGAGUUGUCCAGUAGUUUGGAGCAGGAGAAGUACCUUCAGGCGAUUCUCAGCUCUAUCCCUGUCCACUUCAAAUCCAACGGCAGCAGCACACUGUCUAACCGCUCCCUCGUGGGCAUUUCUCCAGCAACUGAAAGGAGGACAACCAAAAUCCCAAAGAUGGUUCCUGUCCACUUGGAUAUUUCUUUCACCAACAGUUUUACCAGAGGGGUUCUUGGGUACAAGGACAAACUUUUCACUCACACAAACCAAGCUAAAGGAAGACUCAACAAUCAAGGCGUGUGGGCGAGUCUGCGCUCCAGCAACAGGUUCAGCCAACACCUCUCUGCAGUCGAUGUCGGGACACGGCUGGCAGGCAAGGAUCUGACGCCCCCUGCAGGAUGUGAAAGCCUCCAGACGCAGCUCCUGAAGCACCAAGCUGCUCUCUACAUCUUUGGAGAAAAGUCUCACCUCAGGGGCUUUAAGAUGGACUCCAUGCUGAACUGUGAGCUGGUGCCAGUUGAGUUUGCGGACACACGACAGACCAAGGCGUCCUUCAAAAAACUGCUGCGUGCGUGCGCUCCCAGUGCCACAUCUACUGACUCCAACGAAUCGUUCCAUAAAUCCCUGGAGGAGAGCGAAUGGAUUAUGCAGCUGCACAAGCUUCUACAGCUGGCCCUCAUCCUAGUAGAGCUGUUGGACAGCGGGUCCUCUGUGUUGCUGAGUCUGGAGGAUGGCUGGGACAUCACCACACAGGUGGUGUCCCUGGUGCAGCUGCUCAGUGACCCGUUCUACCGGACAUUGGAGGGCUUCCAGGUCCUAGUGGAAAAGGAAUGGCUGUCAUUUGGACACAAGUUUAGCCAGCGCAGUAACCUGAACCUCAGCAGCCAGGGCAGUGGCUUCACACCUAUCUUCCUGCAGUUCCUUGACUGUGUACACCAGAUCCAUAACCAAUACCCUUUGGAAUUUGAGUUUAAUCAGUACUAUCUGAAGUUCCUGGCAUACCACUACGUCUCCAAUCGCUUCAAGAACUUCCUCUUGGACUCGGACUAUGAGCGCCUUGAACACGGCACAUUGUUCGAGGAUAAAGGAGACAAGCAGGCCAAGAAAGGGAUCUGUAUCUGGGAGUGUAUAAACCGAAUGCAUCGCAGAAGUCCGAUCUUCUUCAACUACCUGUACAGCUCUUCGGAGACAGAGUCUGUUUUGAGGCCAUCAAUCUCCAUACCCAACCUGACCAAAUGGGACUUCUACACAUCCGAGACCUUGUCUACUGGACCUUCGUAUGACUGGACAAUGAUGGCUGUGUCCACAGAGAGCUCCGAGGAGACGGACACUAUCGCUACCAACAAGAGGAGGAUCGUCUGGCCCUGCUACGGCAGUGUAGCCCGUGUCCAGCCCGAUGCCAUCACCAAACUACUGGCUGACAUUGAGAGAUUGGAAGGAGAACUUGGUCAGGUGCCUGAGCGAUGGCAUGCAACUCUAGAAAAAGUACGAGCCAGUGUACAGGAUGACCUCAAACAAGAAGGCAAUUUAAGGAAACAGUCCGUGUCCGUCUCGGGCUUGAUCCCCACCUCGAACCUGCAGGCGUAUCAGCGCCACUCCAUGCUGCACCUUCCAGAUAGCGGCCUGGGGGAGGACAGCAGCCCCGCGGCCGCCAACGGCAUGAGUCGCCGAGCCGCAACACUCUAUAAUCAGUUUACACCUAAAAACGAUGAGAACAGGUCAUUUGAAGGUGUCCUGUAUAAGAGAGGGGCAUUGCUUAAAGCCUGGAAGCGACGAUGGUUCGUCCUGGACAUAACAAAACAUCAGCUAAGGUAUUACGAUACGGAUGAAGACAUCAGUUCCCGCGGCCACAUUGACCUGGCUGACGUGGAGUCAGUCGUGAUCGCCGCCCCAACCAUAGGCGCUCCCAAAUACAUUAGUGAGAAAUCCUUCUUUGAUCUGAAGACGACCAGGCGGGUGUACAACUUUUGUGCAGAGAACGCUCAGAGCGCGCAGCAGUGGAUGGACAAGAUCCAGAGCUGCAUCUCAGACGCCUGAAGCCCCCAAAGACCUUCACCUUCAUCACCACCGUCUCCUUCCCUGAAGGGAGACUCACUGUGGAUUAGUAGGAGCAUAGCGAAGCCCUCAGUGCCUGUCGACGAGCGGUGUGAGAUACCAGAGGAACACACUCUCACUUUAUCACUACAAAGUGUGCACUCAGGCUGCAGAGUCACUGCCACACUAACCCUUAACGGAACUGAGCUUUUCCCGCUUGAACACUCCUGAGCUCAAAAAGUCUUACAAAACAGUAACACUAAAACUCAAAGUGGAAUCGAUGGAAUAUAUAUUAGGAUAAGAUUUUGCUGCUUAAGAUGCAAAAGAAGCGGCAAAAAAAGAAAAAGAUUCAAAGAUGCACAAUUAGAAGAAGCCAGUUUAUUUGCACUUACUUCUUUGAUAUGCACUCCUAAAAUAUAUAGAUUUGCUAACAGAUAAAAAGCAUAACUUUAUGUACACAAACAUUUGUGUUUAUACAUGCAUUCACUACAAAAACAUUACUUUGCACACUAAAACAAAUAUCCAUUUUUCUAUUUAAGUCAUUGAUGUUUUAUGCUAUUUUUAAUACAUGAAUGUCUCCAUACAUAACAGGUCGUGUUUUUGUGAUGUAAAUUAUUAUAAUUUUGUAUCUUUUAAAGAGUAGCAUGUAUGUUAAUGGAUGUUUCUCGUUGUUGUUUUUUUGUGGGUUUUUUUUUUUUUUUUGUAAUUUGUAUACCAUAGUAAGAGUGCUCUGGCUUUAACAUUUAACCGAUAUGAUGCUACAAUACACUUUUGUCUCUCUCUUUUUUUUUUUUUUUUUUUUUUUUUGGGGGACAUACUGACCAAAAAAAAGUGCUUUCUCACGGUCAGCUUGUUUAUAAGACAGGAAGAGAAGUGCACUCGAUUUCUCUGUUCUCAUCAUCGAGCUCUGUGUGUGCAGAAGGACUCAGUUCUGUAUCUGUGGACCACUACGCAGUAGCUUUGGGUUAGGUUUGUGAUUUUGUACAUUUAAUAAAAAACAAAACUGAAGUUGCUUAGGAAUUCA